AAAUUAUUCAUAUGUGUUACAUUUGCUCAUAUAACAGAUUCCGCUGGGGCCAUGAUUUCAAACUGUUCUUUUUGCUUUAUUUUGCUCACCAUAUUUCUCUUGCUUUUGUCCUGUAGGCAUGUUCAUAUUUCACAUCUAAUGCUUUGCCGUUGAAGAUUACUUUCAUUAAUGCCAAUCCAAUGGGCAAAAACAUCAGUGUCAUUUUUAAGGCUGGAGAUGAUCUCCGUCAGGAUAUGCUUGUUCUGCAGAUUAUUCAAGUGAUGGACAAUAUUUGGCUGCAGGAGGGCCUAGAUAUGCGAAUGAUCAUUUUUAGAUGUCUAUCCACAGGAAAAGGCCAAGGGUUGGUGCAGAUGGUGCCUGAUGCUGUAACCCUAGCAAAAAUCCAUCGUCGUUUUGGACCAAUAGGACCCUUGAAAGGAAAUACAAUCAAAAAAUGGUUCAGUCAGCACAACCCUUUAAAGGUGGAUUAUGAAAAGGUCUUAAGGAACUUUUUCUAUUCCUGUGCUGGCUGGUGUGUGGUAACAUUCAUCCUGGGAGUCUGUGACAGACACAAUGACAAUAUCAUGCUAACAAAGUCGGGCCACAUGUUUCAUAUUGACUUUGGAAAAUUCCUGGGUCAUGCACAAACCUUUGGAGGGAUAAAAAGGGACCGAGCCCCUUUUAUUUUUACUUCAGAGAUGGAGUACUUUAUUACAGAGGGUGGGAAAAACCCACAGCAUUUCCAAGAUUUUGUGGAGCUUUGCUGUCGAGCUUAUAAUAUUGUCAGAAGACACAGUCGGCUGCUCUUGAACCUGCUAGAAAUGAUGUUACAUGCAGGAUUGCCCGAGCUAAGUGGAAUCCAAGACCUGAAAUAUGUGUAUAAUAAUCUUCGUCCACAAGAUACAGACCUCGAAGCAACAAGUCAUUUUACCAAGUAA